UCUGUGAAAUGUUUGUACAUGUGGGUAUAAUGCAUUGUGAUAUAAAAUAUUUCUCAUGGGUUGAAGUCAAAGAUUGAAAGCCACUGAUAAAAGGGAGAGAAAGAGCUGGACUAAUAGUCAGGAGAUAUGGUUUGUUCUUUAAGUGACUGGCUGUCAACCUGGAACAAGUAAUUUUCCUUUUCAAGAUUUCUUUCCUCACCUACAAAAUAAGGAAGUUGGACCAGAUACAUUUUCUCCUCUCUCUUAAAUCCUAGGAUAGCAGGUGAUACAGUGCUUAUUCAUUCAUUCAACAUAUGAGUGUUUGCUAUGUCACAGGCAUUUUCAGAGGUUCUGUUUCACAGUAGUGGAUAGAAAUCGCUGCCUUGCUGAUGCUUACAUUAUAGCAUAAGUAGCAGUAUGUGCUGUAGAGAAGAACAGUGUAAGAAGAUGUGGUGGGACCGUGGGAGCUAUUCUGACAUGUCCACUGGAAGUUGUGAAAACACGCCUACAGUCAUCUUCUCUGACGCUUUAUAUCUCUGAAGUUCAGCUGAACACCAUGGCCGGAGCCAGUGUCAACCGAGUAGUGUCCCCUGGACCUCUCCAUUGCCUAAAGGUGAUCUUGGAAAAAGAAGGGCCUCGUUCCUUGUUUAGAGGAUUAGGCCCCAAUUUAGUGGGGGUGGCUCCAUCAAGAGCAAUAUACUUUGCUGCUUAUUCAAACUGCAAGGAAAAGCUGAAUGGUAUAUUUGAUCCUGAUUCUACCCAGGUACACAUGAUUUCAGCUGCAAUGGCAGGUUUUACUGCAAUCACAGCAACCAACCCCAUUUGGCUUGUAAAGACUCGGUUACAGCUUGAUGCAAGAAACCGUGGAGAAAAGCAAAUGGGUGCUUUCGAAUGUGUUCGUAAAGUGUAUCAGACAGAUGGACUUAGAGGAUUUUAUAGGGGCAUGUCUGCUUCAUAUGCUGGCAUAUCAGAGACUGUUAUCCACUUUGUUAUUUAUGAAAGUAUUAAGCAAAAACUACUGGAAUAUAAGAUUGCUUCUACGAUGGAAAAUGAUGAUGAGUCUGUAAAAGAAGCAUCCGAUUUUGUGGGAAUGAUGCUGGCUGCUGCCACCUCAAAAACUUGUGCCACAAGCAUAGCAUAUCCACACGAAGUUGUAAGAACAAGACUACGUGAAGAGGGAACAAAAUACAGAUCAUUUUUUCAGACACUAUCUUUGGUUGUUCAAGAAGAAGGUUAUGGGUCUCUUUACCGUGGUCUAACUACUCAUCUGGUGAGACAGAUUCCCAACACAGCCAUUAUGAUGGCCACCUAUGAAUUGGUGGUCUACCUCCUCAAUGGAUAACAACAUCAGGCCACCAAAGUAUAAAGAGGGAAGACCAAAAGAUUACAGUGGACCAUGGAGUAUUGGAACCAGCGUGGUGGACAGAAGAAAAAUGUUUUGGGAACGUGUAACUAAGUGGAAAUGGUUGUCGGAAUUCAAAUAACCAUAACCACAUUACUUGAUCUUUUCAGUAAUGUGAGCAAAACCUGGGCUGCCUCCAAGAAAAGGCCUUUAGAAGCACUCCUUCCUCAAAAUUGCCAUUUUCUCUACCCUGUCCACGGGACUCGGUUGCAUUUUGUUUAUUUGUGGCGGACAGAGUAUAGUGUUUAUUCCAUGAAUACUUUUCCAGUCUUCUAAACAAAGCCAUUUCGAAUGCUGUACUAUUCUAUAAACUGUCCAAAGUAUCGACAGUCAUAAAUUUCUAACUUUUGGCUUCUGUGUAAUUAUAAAAAUAACAAUAGUGAGAUCCUCAGUAUCAUUUUCACAUUAGUCCUUGAGAGGCUUUGGCUCAGUACUUUAAAGUAAUUAUUUGGCAUCAGUUGUCACUGUUUUUGACAACUAAUGAAAUAGUAUCUAAAUGUCUUGAUAUUUUAAUCAUUAAAAUGUUUUGGUUCCCACUGCUAACAGGUGCUUGAUGUUUAGCAUAAUGUGGACACUUAAAUUGUUCCUUUACCUAUCAAACUCAACUGGUAAUAGUUUGGGACAACAUGAACCAGUAAAAUUGAUUUUAAGCAACUUGAGCAUGUCCUCAUAUCUUUUCUAACUUUAUGACACAUGAAUGAAUGCAAUUGUCUUUCAGCGAUUUAUUGGUUUUGAAUUUCCUAAGCAUUUUUUUUAAUGGAAAAAAUUUACCACUUCCGAGUCUUUCCCAGUUUGCUUUCACAUUAAGAAUUUGAACCUUUGAAUUACUUCCGGAAGAUCUGUAUAGAUUGCAUUUAUUUUGUAGAGAAAAUGGUAAUUUUCAGCUUUACCCCUACAAAUGUUUGGUUGUUUUUUUGUUUUUUAAAGUCAACAUAAAUACCUGAGUCCUGCUCUCUGAGCAGGUAAAUGAUCCUAAUUGACCUAGUUUUGUAAAUGAACAAACUGCUUUUGCAAAGAAAUGUAUUCUAUCCUAAGUUCUUGAAUGGUAAAUCAGAAAGACUCAAGUUAAUUCAGACUAAGUAUGCUAACAGGAUAGAGGUUUUACAUUGUGCAGUCAAGUUCAGCUGCACCUUUUAAUACUUCAAAUGUGUUGUAUGUAUGGCCCUUAGGAAGACGUUGGCUAUCAUUCAAUUAAGAGACUUAGCUUACGGUUGUUGCUGUACUGGUGUAAGAAAACUUCUACAGUUAAACUCCAGUGUGGUACUCAUCUCGGUAAAUGUAAACUGUACAUUUGUGCAAUGGCUUUACCUUAAGAAUGACUCUUUGUGAAUGCACUUUGUGGCCUUGGGGGGGGGGUGUAGUAAGAGAAGAGAAUUCCAUGUUAAGAUUAUUUUUUUAAACAUUGGUCAUGUAUUAGGCAGAAACAGUGUUCAUAACAUUUUUCUGGGCUUUAGGUAUGUUGUUUUGGAGAUCUUUAAUAAUAAAUGUUUAAGUAUUCUAUGUAUGCUAUAGUAACCUAACAUAGAAAAUUGUAGCAUGUCAUUGCAAGCUUUCUCUGCUGUCACCAAUUAAACACAGUGCCCUCUUAAAUUUCCUUCACCUUCUUAACUUCCUUGUAAUCAGCAGUAACUGGAUGUUUUUGAGGUGCUUUGAUUGGAAUUUAGAAUAUUCCAAUCUAUUUGGAAACCAAAGGCAAAUUCAGUUUCAUUACCUUUGGGAUUAUUCAUAACUUCUAUGGUGAAUUUCAGCUUUGACAUUUAUUAUGAAGAACAUGCCAAAAGUCACAAAAACAGGGGUUUCUAACUUAAAUCUGUAGAGAAAGUCUUCAUCUCUAGUGUUUGCCUCUUCAGGUGCCACUCAUCCUGCCUAACAUAGUGCCAUUUGCCUUGUGAAGAUUCGUAAAUGUUAGUUGUAUUGAAUGUAGGACAGAGACGCUGCUUUAUCAUAAUGAUCUUGGUACCCACAAGUGAUUGGGAAUGAUGUGAAACCAGCGGCUGAGGGGCAUCCUAUUACUGAGUUACAGCAAAUUCAUAACAAGUGUCCUUCAAGGAUGAACAUUUAUUCUAUUCCUUUUGUAUUUAGCAAAUAAAACUUACUUUGACCUUUAGUGCAUUAUAUUUAGCUUUUCAAAGUGAGUUUUAUGUGUGUACUGGAAGGAAAAGAUCUUAGUCUUAGGCUUUGUUUCUUUGUGUGACAACCGGAAAGGAACAAUAUUAUUUUAAUUUGUCUUUUCCCCCCCAAAGCACAGUCUGCUGUAGUUUAUUUUAUGUAUGACAGAUAAUAAUUGUUUUAAACCCUAAAAAUUAUUUAUAAAACUUGUCUCUGAAACAUUUCUUUGGAGAUUUUGUUUUUAAUUGAUACAAAUGUUUUUAAAAAGAAAAGCUCAUACUUAAAGCAUUGGACUCCUUUUUUAAAACGGUGUUUUGUUUUCAUCUAUUUUCUGUCAGAUAACAGUUUAUGUCCAAUAUGGAGGUAGUCAGCACUCUUCAGAUGGGUAUGUACGUUUAUUGUAGAAUCUUCUCAGAAAAUUAAACUGAACUUUUUCAGGUUCAAGCCGUAGGUACUGAAAGAGCAUACUCUCAGAGCAGCAGAAAGAAGUCUGGUACCGGUGGCUCAUAGAAAACAAUUCCCUAAAUUUCAGAGUCCAGAUCAGAGAAUUACCAGCCCUGUGACUGGAGUCCCACACAGUGGUUAUCAAUCCAGGAAAGAACUAUCACCAAAGCCUUCUCCUAAUUUUUAUUACGUAUGUAACUUAGUGGAGCCAGCUUUUUGAUUUGUAUCUUCAAAACCAAGAUAGAAUAUCAUUAGAUUAUGUAAUCCAGCCUUUUGUCUCCUAAAACCUAAUGCCCGUUGUAGAAAAGCAUUAGUAUAUUAGGGCCAGCAGAGUUUGGGUUGAAAAUGGAGUGUUGACUCUUACUGGAGCAUAAACAUGUCAGUAUUUUUAGAUUUGUGUUAAAUCACUAAAAAUACUGAUUUGAACUUGAAGGAUUUAAAUGCUAGAAAUCAAUCUAUCCUUGACUCCCAGCAUUGCCCAUGCCUGUCUUCUGUUUACAUGCUCUUCUGCCCAGGCUGUUGGUAUUAUAGGCACCCUUUGGGGCUGAUAAAUAUAGUAGUUCAGCUUUUUCUUCCUCUGAUGUUGAUCAUGACUUUAACAUUCCUAAGAACAGAGACAGUUCUGAAUGACUUAAAUUGGAAGGAAUUUUAAUUGUAUGAAAACAUUUAAUGUGCUAACUUUCUGCCUACCCAGAUCUCUUCUCUGCCAUGCCCUCACAUUUCUCAUGACGCGGCGAGCUGCUUUUCAUGCCUCCUUUCAGAAACUGGAGAUUCUGGUUUCGCUCUCUUUGUGUUAAUAAACAUUUUGAAUGUGUACCCCUGCAUAUGUGAACAAUUGAAUCUUGACCUUGCAGUCAUAGCUAAAUAAUCAACUUCAAGAGUUGAUAUCUUGACCAUUUAUAUGAGGGUUGCUAUUGUAUUCUGUGUGUAGCUGUAAAUUAUGUGCAUUUACUCUGUGUUUAUGUUAACUAGCUGAAUUUUAUUUGAAUUGUUA